AUGUUCUUCUCCAAGGUCGUCGUGGCAGCCACUUCCUCUGCAGGACUCGUUGCAGCUGUCUCCAAUAGUACUGCCACAGCCACUUCACGCAACAUAACUGUUUCCAUGGUCAGAAGUGCGCCACCAAGCUGGCCUUCGCCGUUGCUGAACUACGACUGGACCGACUCCGUGCUCAACAUUUGCGAGACGGUCGAGGCUGGUAUCAGUCUCAUCAAAAAGGCUGCUCAAGAUGGUGCUCGCAUUAUAACCUUUCUGAAUUGUAGUUUCCAGGGUGAGAUGAGCUAUCAACAUCCAGAUUAUUUCACAAGCUAA